AUGUACCUAAUCCUUACCAAUCUCAGAACCGAGAUAAAAGAACCAUUGUCGGAGGUUUCUUCUCCGAUCCGAUCGACACGGAGUCGACACCGAUCCGAAUCAGCUAUUAAUAGAUGGAGGGAGUUGGGGCACGGCUUGGCCGAUCCUCGACUCGGUACGGACCGACCACCGUGUUUACAGGGCCGGUAAGGAAGUGGAAGAAGAAGUGGGUCAACGUCACGCCUCCCAACGCCCCCGCCGCCACCGCAUCGGGUAAUAGCCAACAUCAUCAUCACCAAACUAGCAUCAGUAGUAACGGAAAUUCUUCAUCUAACAGUAGUAACGACAACGGCGCUCAUAUUUUGCUAUAUAAGUGGACUCCUAUUAAGCAAAGUCAAAACCCCGCCGCCGAUAACGAUAGCAAUGUUGAUGCCAAAGACGACGGUGCCGCCGAAGACGUUGAUGAAGAACCGCCUCGCCGUAAAAUCAAGUAUAUUCCGAUAGCAUUGCUUGAAGAACAAAAGAAAGAGUCACCAGAGGAGCAUAUUGAUGAAUCUGUUGAGACUGAUCCAAUUUUGAAGGAUGAUGAUGUCAAUGAAAAACCAGACAUUAAUGAUAUGCCAACUGAAGAAAAUCAGGAGACUGAAGCAACAAAUAUAGAAAGGCAAGAUCUGAAUGAAAGCACGUUGGAUUUGAAUGCGGGUGAUGGGGAUGAAGAUUUAGAAGAAACAAAAGAUUGAUUAAACGUGUUUUUUUUAAUCGAUUUUUCUUUUUAGUUGGGAAAAAGGAUGAGAGAAAUGGUGGCAUAGAAUCAAAUAUGUGAUACUGAAAAACUUUUGACUGAGUUAAUGAAUUGUUUGGAGACCAAAUGAAA